UGAAGAAAUGAUGAGAUCAAGGAGCCAGUUGUCACAUUCUAUUGUCUUUCAACAAAUCUUAGUAACAGUCAUUCAUAUCAUUCAAUUCUCAAAAAACAUCUUUAAAUUCAAUUAAUCGUAAUUCGGUAAGAUACAAUGUAUCAAUUUCGUUAAUUUCUUCGAACAGAGAAUUUUUUUUUAUGAGAAAUCUAACGAAUACAAAAAUCUGACAAAAUGACGAAAAUGCUAAAUAUUGGUCACCUUGGGAGGAUAGGUCCCGGACCUGGAAAAUAUGUACUCCCUACCAAUAUCGGAUACCGGGAUCAUGAUGUUAGUAAGAACAGGGCACCAAAUUAUUCCAUGGCACCUGCCUUGAAAGAUGCUGUCAAACAGAGGAGCCCUGGACCGAAGUACCAUUUGGAACAUAUGACCAGAGUAGGCAAAGCAACUCCUCCUGCUUAUUCUAUGUCUUCAAGGCCUAAACCAUUCAGUUUGAAAAAGUGCCCCGGUCCUGCAGAAUAUUUACCGAAGAGAGCAAAGGUCAUGCCAUGUUACUCGAUGUCUUAUCGUCAUACUCCACAUAAGUUGCCCAAUUAUCCUGGACCUGAUAAGUACAUGCUUCCAACUACACUAGGUCCGAAAGUACCAGACAAAAAUUCAAAUGCAGCCUAUUCGAUGUCGUACAAGCAUUAUUUGACACCUAAACCAACUUCUCCUGGACCAGCCACAUACACUCCAACUGAUCCUAGCACAUACAAGCAGAAGUAUCCAAACUACACCAUGAGACCAUUUUUGGGUCUUCCCAUUUCAAAAUCCAUCACACCUGGUCCCAAGUAUUAUCCCAAGUUGUGGGAAAAACCUGGAUACUCAUUCGGCUUACGAUUGGAAAAUAUGCCGUACAUCUCUGCUGCAGAUGAUGUGCCUUGCGCUUGAAAAAUUAUGGAAAAAAAAUGAAAAAUUAACUAGUAACUAAGAAUAAAAAUGAAAAAUAUAAUUAUAUAGCAGUAA